CCUUCCCCUCUCCUCCUCCUCCCUCAUCCCCCCCCCCCACCAUCAUCAUAACAACCAUCUCCGAACAGAAGACACCCUGACCCAGGACCUUAAACGCUAGGACCCGGGGAAGAGGAAAAGGAAAGGGGAAGGAGGAAAAGAGAAAGGAAGACUAAGACAAUCCUACAGAUCACCAGAAACUUUCCACCCUGGAUUCUCUACUUUUGCUCCAUGGACAGAGCCCCAGCCAGCCAAGUUUCAGACAGACCGUGAGCAGUCCCUGCGCGUUUUAUUGCGACCUGCCUGUGGGAACUUUGUCUCCAAAUCGGAGCAGCAUGGAGCGGCGGAGCGAGAGCCCGUGUCUGCGGGACAGCCCCGACCGAAGGAGCGGCAGCCCCGACGUCAAGGGGCCUCCCCCGGUGAAGGUGGCCCGGCUGGAGCAGAACGGCAGCCCCAUGGGAGCCCGCGGGAGGCCCAACGGCGCCGUGGCCAAGGCCGUGGGAGGUUUGAUGAUUCCUGUCUUCUGUGUGGUGGAGCAGCUGGACGGCUCUCUGGAAUAUGACAACAGAGAAGAGCAUGCCGAGUUCGUCCUGGUGCGAAAAGACGUGCUUUUUAGCCAGCUGGUGGAGACCGCGCUCCUGGCCCUGGGCUAUUCCCACAGCUCUGCGGCUCAGGCCCAAGGAAUAAUCAAGCUGGGGCGGUGGAACCCCCUCCCGCUCAGUUAUGUGACAGACGCCCCUGACGCAACCGUGGCCGACAUGCUUCAAGACGUCUAUCACGUCGUGACGUUGAAGAUCCAAUUACAAAGUUGUUCGAAGUUGGAAGACUUGCCUGCGGAGCAGUGGAACCAUGCCACGGUCCGCAAUGCCUUAAAGGAACUGCUCAAAGAGAUGAACCAGAGCACGUUAGCCAAAGAAUGCCCUCUCUCCCAGAGUAUGAUCUCAUCCAUUGUAAAUAGCACGUACUAUGCCAAUGUGUCAGCAACCAAGUGCCAAGAGUUCGGGAGAUGGUAUAAAAAGUAUAAGAAGAUUAAAGACUGCAGGGGCACCCUCCACAGGGAGAGCAAUAAGACCUUUGCCCCUUUUGGCAGGGAGGCUCUGUUCAGGUUUGCUGCUCACGUAGGCUUGUCCAUUUUCUUCUCCUCGAGCAGAGAGCGUGAGGGAUUACUGUCAGAGAUUCUGCGUAAGGAGGAAGACCCCAGGACUGCCUCCCAGUCUCUGCUCGUAAACCUGAGGGCCAUGCAGAACUUCCUCAACUUGCCCGAAGUGGAGCGUGAUCGCAUUUACCAGGAUGAGAGGGAACGGAGCAUGAACCCCAAUGUGAGCAUGGUCUCCUCCGCCUCUAGCAGCCCCAGCUCCUCCCGAACCCCACAGGCCAAAACCUCGACACCGACAACAGACCUCCCUAUUAAGGUGGACGGCGCCAGCGUCAACAUCACAGCUGCUAUUUAUGAUGAGAUCCAACAGGAGAUGAAAAGGGCCAAGGUGUCUCAAGCCCUGUUUGCCAAAGUGGCUGCGAACAAAAGUCAGGGCUGGCUCUGUGAACUGCUUCGCUGGAAGGAAAACCCCAGCCCAGAAAACCGCACCCUCUGGGAGAAUCUCUGCACCAUUCGCCGUUUCCUGAAUCUUCCCCAGCAUGAGAGGGACGUGAUCUACGAGGAGGAAUCGCGACAUCACCACAGCGAACGCAUGCAGCACGUGGUCCAGCUCCCUCCCGAGCCCGUGCAGGUCCUCCAUCGACAGCAGUCCCAGCCGACCAAGGAGAGCUCUCCUCCCAGAGAAGAAGCGCCCCCGCCACCCCCUCCCGCUGAAGACAGCUGUGCCAAAAAACCCCGCUCUCGCACCAAGAUCUCCCUAGAAGCCCUGGGCAUCCUGCAGAGCUUCAUCCACGACGUCGGCCUCUACCCGGACCAGGAAGCCAUCCACACCCUCUCGGCCCAGCUGGAUCUCCCCAAGCACACCAUCAUCAAGUUCUUCCAGAACCAGAGGUACCACGUGAAGCAUCAUGGGAAGCUGAAGGAGCACCUGGGCUCCGCCGUGGACGUGGCAGAGUACAAGGACGAGGAGCUGCUGACCGAGUCGGAAGAGAAUGACAGUGAGGAGGGCUCGGAGGAGAUGUACAAGGUGGAGGGGGAGGAGGAGAACGCGGAGAAGAGCAAGGCGGCGCCCGCCGAGACCGACCAGAGAUAAUGUGAACUCCACCAGAUGAAGCAAUAUGUGGGUCCAAGGACUUUCUGUUUUCGUUUCUUUAAAAAAAAAAAAAAAAUCCUCUUGGCUUUGUUUUUCUUUUGGUUUUGUUUUUAUGGUCUGUUUUAUUUUUCUUACCCGUAAUGGCAUUCCUCCGUCGCACAGGAUCGCCUAAAGACUGAGGAAACUCAGUGGUUCUGAGUCGGGUGUCACCUUGGCAAAGACACUAAGUGUCAAACUCUGACCGUUGACUGGACCAUAGUGAUGCCAGUCACGGGAGACUCCGCCUUCAUUCCCCCUUGCUCUUAUGGAAGAGACACCAGGCAACUUCCAGGACGGAAAGACCCACGACAAGAUAAAUGAAGGAAGCUACGAGUGUGUGUAUAUGUAUAUGUAUAUAUCUCUAUAUUUACAUAUAUAUAUUAAAAAUUGCAUGGGACAGAGAACUUUACAAUCCGAAAGAAGAGACUGUGAAAUGAGUUCUUAAAGAAAAGACUUGUUUAUGUAUAAAACAAAAAAAAAUAUGCCACUUCACAGUGAGUUGCUCUGGCUUUUUGAGAAACUGCGGCCUGCUCUCAGGGUGGGGUGACUAUUUUUGAAUUCCUAUUUAUUUUGUGUGUUUGUCCCUGAUCUUUUUUUUUUUUUUUUAAUUCUAUGGCUUCCUAUCUGGCAGCUUACUGGGUAAUUUUUGAGGUAUGUAUUUAACAAAAAUAACACUGCCAAAACAAACAAAAAAAAAGAGUAAAGAGUAAAGAAGCAAGAGAAAGGCAAGAAGAGAGUGAGCCAGAGGGAAUCAGGGCCCGUUAGUAACGAGACAGUACACAUUCCUCCGGGAGACAGGAUGCACCCUUGCGUAGACUCAAGGACGUGAGCCACCACUUUCCGUUAGCGUCGCGUCGGCGCUGUGGCGAGCAGAUGCGUUCUGUGGAAUUCCUUCCGAGCCAAAUCCAGUGCAAAGGAAACUUGACCAUUAAUUAGUGCAGUCUCGAAAGAUGACAUUUUGACAUGGGACUUGCGGAGUUCAUGCUAUGAGCCACAUUUUAUCGUGAAGUUUAUUUACCUGCUUGUUGGCUUCAAAUUUUAAAACUAUUAAGCCUGCUCAUUUUAAAUUGUUGGUUGUUACUGGUUUUUUUUUUUCUUUUUAUUGUUUCUGGAUUUUUUUUUUUUA